UCACCUCGCUGUAUUGAACGCAGUUGAGAUUACUUUUGCUGAAUAGCUCCUUUAUAUUCAGGGAGGCCUUAGGGCUUACUUGUUUACGGGAAAAACAUGUUGGUUAUUUAAAGUAAAUACACUCAGACAACAGUAAAACUGGUUGAAAAACUAUUUACUUAACGCCUUUUUUUCAGGGUAGUAACGGUAUUAGAGGUUCUCAUACAUUUUUGUAGUCUCAAACCUUUUUUAAGAGUUGUGAAUAUUAAGCAUAAUUCUAUUCCCUUGACUCUGUUAUUCAUAGUACAUGGGUAUAUGAAUAAUCGUUUUCACUUAUUUGUUUUUCUUUAAGGUCGGUUUCACUUUUCUGUGUCAUUGAAUCAAGUCUACAGUGUUUGGUUUGUGAAAGUUUAAGGCUAGUCGUUUUGUUGACUUUAAUUAAAAUCAAGGUUGCCGUCUUAAAGUCUAUGUGUUACUAAGAUGAAAAUGCUACAAGAACGUGGAUUACAUUGUUAUGAAGAAGAGUAACUUCCUUUUCACCUGUGUUGAUACUAUUACCUCAAUGUAUGUGGAGUGCCACAAUGUUUAAGUAGUGGUAUAUUCUUUUAAAAAAUGAAACAGGAUAAUGAAUUUUAGCAUUUGGUAGAAAUACCGAGAGAGAAAUACCAUCCAGCCCUCGUUCAUGUACUUGCUGUUUGUUUUUUCUUAAACUUUUUUUUCGCAUCCAAAUGUUGAGAGAAAUGUUAACUUUUCAUUGAAGUAGUCCGAAGAUUUGUAGCAGUAAUACUUAAAAGCUUUUCUGAAAGUAAAGAACAUGGACCGGAUGAGUCCUAGGUCCUACACAACCACGUUUGGUUUCCAGAAAGGUUAUCUCUGUAGCAGGUGGAAUUUAGUUUCAUAUCUGGUGGUUUUAGGAUAAAAAUUUGUUGGUUGGAUAUACAAAUGAAGAUGAAUGGAUGAUUUUGGUCUGCUUCCCCCAAAUUUUAAUGCUAAAUGGUUAUUGCUGACUGAGUUGUAUGCGUUCCUUAAUUUUUUUCAUUUAAGAGAUUUUCCUCCAAAGAAGACAACUGGAGCAAGUAAACUGGUUUUAUUUGGUCAUUUGUUAAUGAUUGUCCUGAAGGGAUGUUUAUGCUUGGAAAAUCAAGGUUUUUGCUAUUUAACAUUAUCAUACAUAAGGCUAGAUUAACCUUUUCUUAUUACUCUGGCUUCUUCCUUUUCCUCCCCUUUCUCUUCUUCCUCCUCUUUUGUUUUCUUACUCUUGACUCCACCUGUUUCAUAAUUUUUGACUAUUUCGUGAGGAAAGUGUAAAACUUUGGACAAUAUGGCUCAAACUUUCUUCCUGAUUGAAGGUCCUAUACCUUAGGUUGAUUUAAAAUUUCAGUUUUUCUUAUUUUAUUAAGAUCUAAUUAACAUCUACUUUCCUAUUUCUGCACAAGAUUCAAAAAAAUUGCUUGAGGUUGUACUUUCUUGGGGUGAUAACCAUGCCUUAGUUUAAAAUUACAACAGAAUUGAAGCUUCUUAAAAAAAAUCACAAGCAGACAGUGCAUGCUAACAUUUUGUUGAGGUGGCAUGUAUAUGGGUAUUUUAUUGUCCUUUUACUUUAUUAAAUAUUAAAAAAAUUUUUAAAGGCUGUUGCUACUUCAGAGUGUUUUAAGGAUUAAAUAAGAUACUGUAUAUAAAUCACUCAGCACAAACUGGUGCUAAAAGCAAACACUAGUUACUUUCCUGUUUGCAGAAUUUAUUCAUUUGUUCAACACAUGUAUGGAAAGCUUUCUGUAUGCAAGGUCAGGGGAUAUAAAUAAGAACAUGAUGGAGUGCAACAAGGAAAACUGCUGUGGAAUAGGUGCUGAAGUGCCAUCAGAGAGUCAGCACAAGACUCUGACCCAGUCUUGGAGAGGCGGAUUUUUGAGGAAUGUGUCCCAGAGGAAAUGAAUUCUAAACUGAGAAAUGGAAGUGUUAACUGGCCAGAGGCAGAAGGAUGGGAGAAAAAGAGCAGCAUGUGCAGAGCCCAGAGAGAGCAGAGUUGAACAAUGACCGUAAUUGACAAAACUUCUGAAUCUUCAGACCCAUCAACCUAUCAGGAUCAUCAGCCUGGCAGUUCUGAGUCCGUCUCACCUGGAGACAUGGAUACAGGUUCUGCUAGCUGGGGUGCUGGUGCUGUUGCUUCAUUAAAUGAUGUUUCAAAUCACACACUUUCUUUAGGACCAGUACCUGGUGCUGUGGUUUAUUCAAGUUCAUCUAUACCUGAUAAAUCAAAACCAUCACCUCAGAAGGAUCAAGCUCUAGGUGAUGGCAUUACUCCUCCACAAAAAGUUCUUUUCCCAUCUGAGAAGAUUUGUCUUAAGUGGCAACAAAUUCACAGAGUUGGAGCCGGGCUCCAGAAUCUGGGCAAUACCUGUUUUGCCAAUGCAGCACUGCAGUGUUUAACGUACACGCCACCUCUCGCCAAUUACAUGCUCUCACAUGAACACUCCAAGACAUGUCAUGCAGAAGGAUUUUGUAUGAUGUGUACAAUGCAAACACAUAUCACCCAGGCACUCAGCAAUCCUGGGGAUGUUAUUAAACCGAUGUUUGUCAUUAAUGAGAUGCGACGCAUAGCUAGGCACUUCCGCUUUGGAAGCCAAGAGGAUGCCCACGAGUUCCUUCAGUACACUGUUGAUGCCAUGCACAAGGCCUGCUUGAACGGCAGCAAUAUAUUAGACAGACCUACCCAGGCUACCACGCUCGUUUGUCAGAUAUUUGGAGGGUACCUAAGAUCUAGAGUCAAAUGUUUAAAUUGCAAAGGUGUUUCUGAUACGUUUGAUCCAUAUCUUGAUAUAACAUUAGAGAUAAAGGCUGCUCAGAGUGUUACCAAGGCUUUGGAGCAGUUUGUGAAGCUGGAGCAGCUUGAUGGAAACAACUCAUACAAGUGCAGCAAGUGUAAAAAGAUGGUUCCAGCUUCAAAGAGGCUUACUAUUCAUAGAUCCUCUAAUGUUCUUACACUUUCUCUGAAACGUUUUGCAAAUUUUACUGGUGGAAAAAUUACCAAGGAUGUGAAAUAUCCUGAGUAUCUUGAUGUUAGACCAUACAUGUCUCAAUCAAAUGGAGAACCAAUUAUUUACGUUUUGUAUGCAGUACUGGUACACAGUGGUUUUAAUUGCCAUGCUGGCCAUUACUUCUGCUACAUUAAAGCUAGCAAUGGCCUUUGGUAUCAAAUGAAUGACUCCACUGUAUCUACCAGUGAUAUUAGAUCGGUACUGAAUCAACAAGCUUAUGUCCUCUUUUAUAUCAGGUCCCACGAUGUGAAGAAUGGGGGUGAACUUACUCGUUCCACCCAGUGCCUCGGCAAGGCCUCCCCCCGCCCAGCCAUCAGUCAGCGAGUGGUCAACAACAAGCAGGCUGCAUCAGGGUUUAUCGGACCACAGCUUCCGUCACAUGUGAUGAAGAACCCACCUCACUUAAAUGGGACCGGACCAUUGAAAGAAACGCCAAGCAGCUCCAUAUCGAGUUCUAAUGGAAACUCCAGUGUUAACAGGGCUGGUCCUGUUAAUGCUUCAACUUCUGUUCAAAACUGGGCAGUGAACAGGUCCUCAGUUCUUCCAGAACAUCCCAAGAAACAAAAAAUCACGAUCAGUAUUCACAACAAGUUACCUGUUCGCCAAGCUCAGACUCAGCCUAACCUACAUGUCAAUGCUUUAGAGAACCCGAACAAGCCAGUUCCCUCUGCUACCAUCACCAGUCCUUCUGCGAUACAGUCUACCUCGAGUGCAUCUGCAACGUCAGUUUCUAGUAAAGUAACAAAGCAGGUUACCCUGAGCGAGUCCUGUUCCAAGCCAGUGAUGAACGGCAAGUCCAAGCUGAACCCAGGAGUCCUGGUCCCUUAUGGUGCCGAGUCAUCGGAAGAGUCUGACGAGGAGGCAAGGGGCCUAGGCAAGGAGAACGGUGUAGGCGCCGUUGAUAGCUUGCCUGCUUCUCUUCAGGACGCCAGCGAGAACGAGGCCACUCAGCACGAGCUCCAAGAAACUGUUACUCUAAAUGGUGCUAACAGUACAGACAGUGACCUGAAAGAAACUGGUCUGCCGUUUGAUGGGGCCAGUUGCCAGGUCCAGCCUGCUCUGCACUUAGGAAAUCCCUUCUCCAAGGCAAAUGGUCUGCCUGGGAAGCUGAUGCCUGCCCCUUUGCCGCCACUCCCAGAGGACAAAAUCUUAGAGAACUUCAAGCUUGGCAACAAAGUGAAAGUCUUGACAGAGGAAACAAGUGCACCUGGGACCGAGGGAAGCGCCCCGGAGGGUCCUGAAGCAGCACCUGAGGCUGGCGGCCCUGCCCCUGGGUCCCAGGAGGGACUGGAUGCCAUCACGAGCCUUAGUAGCAAACUGAAAAAGGCUUUGGCACCCUCAGACCCCAGCAUUAAAUCUACCAAAGAAGAAGUUUCUGAAAAUAUUUCAGCAAAACCUGAAGAGUCUUUGCCCAGUAUCAGCAGUCUUUGCAGCACCAACAAGAGUGCUGUGGGGGGCGACCAACUUUCUAAACUGUGUGAGUCUGCGAAUCUAACAAACGAUCAGAGCCCACCAGCCACAGCCGUGACAGGGAUGUUAAUGGAGAGUCCACAGGGCUUGGCAGCAGUGGAAACGGGAGGGAAUUUGAGUCCAAGGUCCCCAGCACGAGCCAAGGGUGACUGUGAGCACGAGCUCGUAGUCUACAUUAGCCAAGACACGUCCGUGGAUGUGGAGGCCCUUCCUGAGGGUGUGGGUGCACCUCCAGCUGAGCUGCCUGCUCCUCAGUUGGACAAGAUCACAGAAAGUCAUCUGGAAGCAGGCCGUGAACAGAGUCCCAGCGAAGGAUGGGAAGAAAUUAAGGCUGGGCAGAAAGUUCGGGACCGCUCUCCAGUUAAGGAGAAAAUCAGUCUCAGAAAGGUUGACCGAGGGCAUUACCGCAACCGAAGAGACCACUGCUCCAAUGAGGAGCGGGCCUGGGACGGCCGGAGCAAGACCAAGGACCGCCAGCCCCGGAAGCAGCCCUUGUCCGUGAGGGGGCACAGCAGGUCCCCGGUGAGAUCCGGCCACCACCACUCUCGAAACCGGAACAGGUCAGACCAGGACUGGAGCCGAUACCACCACUUGGAAAGCGAGCACUCCUGGGGCCAGGAGAAGUAUUACCCAGAGAAGAUGCAGUGGGAUAGAGGCCAGCGCUCCCAUGGCAGGUACACCCCCAAUGUGGCACGGGAGCUGCGGGACUGGAAGUCCUUCCAUGGGUACCAAGAGUAUGACAGAGGCAGGCCAUGCAGUGGCCGACCAAACAAGGACUAUCACAAAGGCAGGAAGGGGUAUGAGCUGGUUGCCAAAGAGAAGGGCCAGCACCAUUCCAGCAGCCCCCGAGCAGGCCUGCCGCCUGCCCUCCUGUUCCUCGAGCAAUGCACCCACAAGCUGGCACCUAUGGCUGAGGACAGCGGCUGCGACCUCGCCCAUCGGGUUCCUGAGCACGAAAGCAUGCGGUCACGGAAACGGAAAUGUAGUGCAGAGAAUAAUGAUGACCACUGGGGCCGCCUGCAGGAGGACCCUUCAGAAGGGCCUCGAGUAAAGAAGCAUAAGAAGUCAAAGAAGAAGAAGAGAUCCAAAGACAAACACCGGGACCGAGGUUCCAGGCACCCACAGGACUCAGACCCCUCAGCAAUGUGCUCUGAUGCCGACCUCCACAGGCACAAAAAGAAAAAGAAGAAAAAGAAGAGACACUCGAGGAGAUCAGAGGACCUUGUGAAAGAUUCACAGUCGCCCUUCCCCAAGGCCACCAGCUUCGAGACUGGGGCCCACUUCCGGAGAGCUGGGAGCGACUUCUCUCUCACCAGUGGCCUACCUCUGGAAGGUGUUGGACGUUUCCAUGAGAAAACCAAACAUUUGAGGAUGGAAAGCAGGGAUGACAGGUGCCGUGUGUCUGACUGUGUCCAGGGUGAAAACUUGGCCGCAAAACACAAAAUUCACUACUUAUGAUUCACCGUGUUCCACAGAAGCCAUGUCCAGCACAGUUUAAAUUAAAACUAUAGAAAAUAACUUUGUUCAAAUCUGCGUGGUGCUUCUUUAGUAAAUACUGUACAGAUUUUACCAUGGAGAACUUUUUUUAGUUUUUACCUUUUCUUAAUUACCCUUAUUCCAAAUGGAUGAACACUUUCUACAACUGCUGACCACUGUAAAAUACUGUGUAUAUAAAUCACAUUGAAAAUAACGCCCUGGACUAAAACAUCUCAAAUGCUGCUUAAUCACAGACUCAGGUUGAUCACUCGUAUUCCAUGUAAUGCUCCUCCAAGUUAGACACCCGGUGCAAGACCAACCGGGAAACCGUGGGAUUAUUAAAAGUACAAACUGACAGUGUGUAUAUUUAAUUUAAAGACUUAUUUAAAGAUUCACACGCUCUCAGACUUUUGAGAGCAGUCUGUUUUCUGUAAUGUCUGAUACUAGAAACUAAUUUGCUUCAUAUUUUAGUUGUAUUCAAGAUUUGAAGAUGUAUUUUAUAGACAAGUUCUGUUUUUGAACUUUGUGGAACUAUUCCAAUCAAUUUACCAGUUAUGACGAGUAUUUACAUUAUGAAUGUAUAAUUCAAAUAUUAUUUGUAAAGCCUACAGUAUGUUUUUAUUACAUAACACUUUUUUAUACAGUGUCUAUUGUCUUGACUAUGAUAUUGGCAUCUGAGUUGUCAGCUUGGUCCCUUAAAGUUUCUAGUUACAGACAAAAUCAUACUGUGAUUUUAUUUUUAAUAUGGAUAUGCUAUCAAACUGUGAUACACUUAUAAUUCACUGGUCCUGCAUCAGGAGAUGGGAGUGGGGACAACUGUAUUUAAUACAGUCUGUAUCUGAAUAAUCUGUAUGGUUUAUACAGUUUGUGUUGUUCAGAGAUGUCUAAAGUUUGAUCUUUGUUUUUUUAAAGAUUAAAAAAGCACUUGCCCCACUGUAAAUAUACAGCAUGUAAAAUUUAUAUAGUAUAUAAAUGGCAGCAAAUUAAACA